CGCUGCGGACGUGUGUUGGAGCCCUCAUUUCGGAGGCGGAUUCGAUUCGUGUGUGUGGUGUGUGGUGUACGGUGUGCUGCUCUUGCGGUCGAGUCAGUUUGCAGUGUUUAAAAAUCCUAAAUAAAAUUAAUGGGCGAAUUGGCAGAAAUAGAUACAUUAAAAAAUGCGGUUAUACGGCAAAAAAUAGUUAAAUGUUAGUGCAAUAAGAGGAAACCAUGGGAUCUCAGCUGAGUAAAAAUUAAAGUGCGAACCAAAUGUUCAACCGAACCGCUGUGAUGAAACUUGAAAUAAUGCAAAGCUAAGCCCAUACCCUCAAAGUCAAACCCGACCCGCAAGUGUUAGUUUACUUAAUUAAUUUAACAAUACAAUAGCGAACAAUCGAGCAAUAUACGUGAAAAAAGAAAUUGUUUGCAAUCAAUAUGAGUGUUCCAAGUGCGCCCCCUCAGAGGGCAGCAAGCAAAAAUCGAGAUCCAUGUCCCGGACCAAAAAAACCUCGGCUCCGUCAUUUUGUGCCCGGGGCAACCUGCGGAGGAGCCCUGCUGCUGCUGCUGAUUAGUCUCGCUCUGGAUCUGGGCCCAGUGCAUUGUUAUGAGAAAAUGUACAGCCAGACGGAGAAACAGCGCUACGAUGGCUGGUACAAUAACCUGGCCCAUCCCGACUGGGGAUCCGUGGAUAGCCACCUGGUGCGAAAGGCGCCGCCCUCCUAUUCCGAUGGGGUCUACGCGAUGGCAGGUGCCAAUCGACCCUCGACCCGCAGGCUUAGUCGGCUGUUUAUGCGGGGAAAGGACGGGCUGGGCUCGAAGUUCAACCGCACCGCACUGCUGGCCUUCUUUGGCCAACUGGUGGCCAAUGAGAUUGUGAUGGCCUCCGAGUCCGGCUGCCCCAUCGAGAUGCACCGCAUCGAGAUCGAGAAGUGCGACGAGAUGUACGACAGGGAGUGCCGGGGCGACAAGUACAUACCCUUCCACCGGGCGGCCUACGAUCGCGACACCGGCCAGAGCCCCAAUGCGCCCAGGGAACAGAUAAAUCAAAUGACUGCUUGGAUUGAUGGCAGUUUCAUUUACAGCACCUCCGAGGCCUGGCUCAACGCCAUGCGCUCCUUCCACAACGGCACCCUGCUCACCCAGAAGGACGGGAAGCUCCCGGUGCGCAACACCAUGCGGGUGCCACUCUUCAACAACCCGGUGCCGAGUGUCAUGAAGAUGCUCAGCCCGGAGCGACUGUUCCUUCUUGGCGACCCUCGCACCAACCAGAACCCUGCGAUCCUGUCCUUCGCCAUUCUCUUCCUGCGCUGGCACAACACCCUGGCGCAGCGGAUCAAGCGCCUGCAUCCGGAUUGGAGUGAUGAGGACAUUUACCAGCGGGCCCGUCACACGGUGAUUGCCAGUCUGCAGAACGUGAUAGUCUACGAGUAUUUGCCCGCCUUCCUGGGCACCUCAUUGCCACCUUACGAGGGCUACAAGCAGGACAUACAUCCGGGCAUCGGUCACAUUUUCCAGGCGGCGGCCUUCCGGUUUGGCCACACAAUGAUUCCGCCGGGAAUUUACAGGCGAGAUGGUCAGUGCAACUUUAAGGAAACGCCCAUGGGCUAUCCGGCUGUCAGACUUUGCUCCACUUGGUGGGACUCAAGCGGAUUUUUCGCUGACACCAGUGUGGAAGAGGUACUGAUGGGUCUGGCCUCGCAAAUAUCCGAACGGGAGGAUCCUGUUCUUUGCUCAGAUGUGCGGGACAAGCUCUUCGGACCCAUGGAGUUUACGCGUCGCGAUCUGGGAGCUCUUAAUAUAAUGAGGGGUAGAGACAAUGGUCUGCCGGAUUACAAUACGGCAAGGGAGUCAUAUGGUCUGAAGAGGCACAAGACCUGGACGGACAUCAAUCCACCUUUGUUUGAAACGCAACCAGAGCUCUUGGACAUGUUAAAGGAGGCUUACGACAACCAGCUGGACGAUGUGGAUGUCUAUGUGGGUGGCAUGUUGGAAUCUUAUGGCCAGCCGGGAGAAUUCUUCACGGCUGUGAUCAAGGAGCAGUUCAUGAGACUUCGGGACGCAGAUCGUUUCUGGUUCGAGAACGAACGCAAUGGGAUCUUCACCCCCGAGGAGAUCAAGGAGCUGCGCAAGAUCACUCUGUGGGACAUCAUAGUGAAUAGUACGGAUGUGAACGAGGAUGAGAUCCAGAAGGAUGUGUUUAUGUGGCGCACCGGAGACCCCUGCCCGCAGCCCAUGCAGCUGAAUGCCACGGAGCUGGAGCCCUGCACCUAUUUGGAGGGCUAUGAUUACUUCUCCGGCUCCGAGCUGAUGUUCAUCUACGUGUGCGUCUUCCUUGGCUUUGUGCCCAUCCUGUGUGCAGGAGCCGGUUACUGCGUGGUUAAGCUGCAGAACAGCAAGCGCCGCAGGCUUAAGAUCCGCCAGGAGGCUCUGAGGGCGCCGCAGCACAAGGGUUCGGUGGACAAGAUGCUGGCCAGGGAGUGGCUCCAUGCCAACCAUAAGCGACUGGUUACGGUUAAGUUUGGUCCAGAGGCAGCCAUCUAUACGGUGGACAGGAAGGGUGAAAAGCUGCGCACCUUCAGCCUGAAGCACAUCGAUGUGGUCAGCGUGGAGGAGUCGGCCACGAAUCACAUCAAAAAGAAGCCCUACAUCCUGCUCAGAGUGCCCAGCGAUCAUGAUCUUGUCCUGGAAUUGGAAUCGUAUGGAGCACGCAGAAAGUUCGUUAAGAAACUGGAGGAUUUCCUGCUGCUGCACAAGAAGGAGAUGACCCUGAUGGAGGUCAACAGGGACAUCAUGCUGGCGCGGGCGGAGACGCGGGAGCGAAGGCAGAAGCGACUGGAGUACUUCUUCCGUGAAGCCUAUGCCCUGACCUUUGGCCUGAGACCAGGAGAGAGGCGCCGCAGGUCGGAUGCCUCCAGCGAUGGCGAGGUGAUGACCGUGAUGCGAACCAGUCUGUCCAAGGCGGAGUUUGCCGCCGCCCUGGGCAUGAAGCCCAACGAUAUGUUUGUGCGCAAGAUGUUCAACAUUGUGGACAAGGAUCAGGAUGGCAGGAUCAGCUUCCAGGAGUUCCUCGAGACCGUGGUCCUCUUCUCCCGGGGCAAGACAGAUGACAAGCUAAGGAUUAUCUUUGAUAUGUGUGAUAAUGAUCGGAAUGGAGUCAUCGACAAGGGUGAACUGAGCGAGAUGAUGCGUUCGCUGGUGGAGAUCGCGAGGACGACGAGCCUGGGCGAUGACCAGGUAACCGAGCUGAUCGAUGGCAUGUUUCAGGAUGUCGGAUUGGAGCACAAGAACCAUCUGACCUACCAGGACUUCAAGCUGAUGAUGAAGGAGUACAAAGGUGACUUUGUGGCCAUCGGGCUGGACUGCAAGGGGGCCAAGCAGAACUUCCUGGACACCUCGACGAACGUGGCCCGGAUGACGUCCUUCAACAUCGAACCCAUGCAGGACAAGCCGCGUCAUUGGCUGCUGGCCAAGUGGGAUGCCUACAUCACGUUCCUCGAGGAGAACCGUCAGAACAUCUUCUACCUAUUCCUCUUCUACGUGGUCACCAUUGUCCUGUUCGUGGAGCGCUUCAUCCACUACUCCUUCAUGGCGGAGCACACGGAUCUGCGGCACAUCAUGGGUGUGGGCAUAGCCAUUACGAGGGGAUCCGCCGCCUCGCUCUCCUUCUGUUACUCCCUGCUGCUGCUGACCAUGUCCAGGAAUCUGAUCACCAAGCUGAAGGAGUUCCCCAUCCAGCAGUACAUUCCCCUGGACUCGCACAUCCAGUUCCACAAGAUAGCCGCCUGCACGGCGCUCUUCUUCUCGGUUCUGCAUACGGUGGGUCACAUUGUGAACUUCUACCAUGUGUCCACCCAGUCGCACGAGAAUCUCCGCUGCCUGACCCGCGAGGUGCACUUCGCCUCGGACUACAAGCCGGACAUCACCUUCUGGCUCUUCCAGACGGUCACCGGCACCACGGGCGUCCUCCUGUUCAUCAUCAUGUGCAUCAUCUUUGUGUUUGCCCAUCCUACGAUCCGCAAGAAGGCCUACAAUUUCUUCUGGAACAUGCACACCCUCUACAUUGGCUUGUAUCUGCUGAGUUUGAUCCACGGACUGGCUCGACUGACAGGACCACCGCGCUUCUGGAUGUUCUUCCUGGGACCCGGCAUUGUGUACACCCUGGACAAGAUCGUCUCGCUGCGCACCAAGUACAUGGCGCUGGAUGUGAUCGAUACGGAUCUGCUGCCCUCCGAUGUGAUCAAGAUCAAGUUCUAUAGGCCACCGAAUCUCAAGUACCUUUCGGGUCAGUGGGUGAAGUUGUCCUGCACCGCCUUCCGGCCUCAUGAGAUGCACAGCUUCACUUUGACCUCGGCGCCGCACGAGAACUGCUUGAGUUGCCACAUCAAGGCCCAGGGACCGUGGACGUGGAAGCUGCGCAACUACUUCGAUCCCUGCAACUACAAUCCGGAGGAUCAGCCCAAGAUUCGCAUCGAGGGACCCUUUGGGGGCGGCAACCAGGACUGGUACAAGUUCGAGGUGGCCGUGAUGGUCGGCGGCGGCAUCGGGGUCACCCCGUACGCCUCCAUUCUCAACGAUCUGGUCUUCGGCACCAGUACCAACCGAUACUCGGGCGUGGCCUGCAAGAAGGUGUACUUCCUGUGGAUCUGCCCAUCGCACAAGCACUUCGAGUGGUUCAUCGACGUCCUGCGCGACGUGGAGAAGAAGGAUGUCACCAAUGUGCUCGAGAUACACAUAUUCAUCACGCAGUUCUUCCACAAGUUCGACCUGCGAACGACAAUGCUGUACAUCUGUGAGAACCACUUCCAGCGGCUGUCGAAGACCUCCAUAUUCACGGGUCUUAAGGCGGUCAAUCAUUUCGGUCGCCCAGACAUGUCAAGCUUCCUGAAGUUCGUCCAAAAGAAGCACUCCUAUGUCUCCAAAAUAGGCGUCUUCUCCUGCGGACCUCGUCCGCUGACCAAAAGCGUGAUGUCUGCCUGUGAUGAAGUUAACAAAACGCGCAAGUUGCCCUAUUUCAUUCACCACUUCGAGAACUUUGGAUAGAUCUGCGCCAGCUCUACCCAUUCGUACACCUGCCAGCCCAACCUGUUUUCCACCUACCUGUCUGUCUCUCAACGAUAUCUAAUUGUACUCUUAAGGUUCAUUCAUUAAUUUAAGCAAAUUCGGCUGCUCAAACGUACUUAAAACGCUGUCCCUUAAUCGUAGGCUAAUCGUACAAUCAUAAUUUAGUCAAGUUUUGUUUAGUGCAUUAUGAAAAUGUAUCCCAUUGUAACAAAAUCACUGCAACCAUAGCAAGAACAACAAAAAGGCCUCUACCUAUAUAUGUGUAUGUAUGUAUAUGUGUAUUUAUUGAAGAUAUGAUUUGUUAUCAGUUUUUGUAAACCGUUCACAUUAUUUAUUAAAAAUUUACAAUUACCUUUAAACAUAAAA